UAGCUCUCCUCUUCUCCUGUCAAUUUGAGCGUCUAUGAAGAUUACUGAACAUUUUUUUGCGCAGCAUAUACGAGUACGAGAUUUGUAUUCGAUUUGAUCGUUUUCUCGGCGUAACUCUCGGUGCCGCGUAGCUUUUCCCACGCCUCCUUAUCACAACUGUCUAGCCUGUCCCCAUUGCCUGCAAUGCCUCUUACAGUUCUCACAGAUGCAGAUGUCUGCCAAGUCCUCGAGAGCCUUACAAUUGAUGAUGCACACGCGCUGCAGAAGUCUUUACGGAAAGCCCUACAUGAAUACUCGACGGGAACCCAAGGCGAAGCAGCAUGUGCUAUGCACCAGCCCGAGCGAACGGCCAUGGUGGCCCCCAGCGGAAAGACAACUCUCUUCAUGCCAUCGACAAGCUCCUCGGGGAUUGGAAUGAAAGUGGUAACUCUCGCAACACCUGGAGCAACGGGCCCCACUGCAGCUACGGCGGACAUGACCCCCCAUGGUGCCCUCACAAUUAUGUCCAGCAACGGCACCCCCACAGGCUUCCUAAAUGCCGAAGAAGUAACCGCUUUCCGAACAGCGCUCUGUUCCUCCCUUCUUUUCUGCCGGCGCAAAAGCUUCAAAUCCAUCACCGUUUUCGGAGCGGGUCGCCAAGCCUUUUGGCACAUCCGCCUCGCCCUCAUUCUUCGCGGCAGCUCCCUGAAAACCGUUAAUAUUAUUAGCCGGACUUUCUCUGACAGGGUGCGAGACUUGCUGAAAACCCUUUACUCAAUUGACCCAGCCAUCAAACAGCGUGAGGGCUGGGAAAAUGUAAAAUUCUCAAUCCUGACUCCGGGUUAUGGCGAGUAUGCGCGACUAUUGAAGGAACAGCUUCGCGCUGCAGAUGUGAUUAUCACGACCGUUCCUUCCACCACACCACUAUUCGAUCACACGAUCCUAACAUCAACCGAAGGUCGCCGAAGAGGUAGACUCAUCAUUGCGAUUGGCAGUUACAAACCUCACAUGAUCGAGAUCCCAGUCGAACUCUUCCAGCAAGCUGUCAAGCCCCAUGAGCACCGCCACUACCACAAGCACGCCUCAGAAGGCGGAGUUGUUGUCGUGGAUACUCUGACUGGCUGUCUCAAAGAAGCAGGAGAAAUCAUCCAAUCAGGCCUAUCUCCUAACCAACUUGUCGAAGUUGGCGAGCUAGUCAUGCUUGAGGGGCAACUCGCCGGCGAUAGCUCAGAUGACCACGAAGUUGACGCAGACGGGAAGCAGAUUGACCUUGAUAGUCUCCGUCGGGAGUUAUCCGACAUUUCUUCUUCAGGCGAGGGGAGCAUGCAUGCUGUCAUGCGCGAGGGCAGUGAUCUAAGCACCGUCAGCACAGAGUCAACGGGGCGGAAGAGCAUGGAUAGUGCGAGAUCGUCGAAGAGCUCGUCGCGGAAGUCGCUUGGUCCGGGUAGUAUUGGGAGUAAAAUCCGAAGCUUGAGCAUGGAUAAUAGGAAGGUUAAGUCUAAGGAUGAUGCGAUGGCUACAUGGUUAGGAGAGGGAAAUGUGGUUUAUAAGUGCGUCGGGAUGGGGCUGAUGGAUCUCGUUGUUGGUGGAGGUCUUAUUACUUUGGCCAGGGAGAAGGGGGUCGGAACGACGAUUCCGAAUUUCUAAGGAAAUUUCGGCGGCACUGGUAUACUCUGGGUGUGUGGAAAUUGAGCUUUUAGGGAGGAUAUGUCGUUAUGAUAUCACUUUGUUAGUUGGCCUAUAUAGAAUCAUGAAGUCCUGUUGUUCCUGUUGAG